CGUAUUUUGCGGCCGCGUCCGAGCACGGCCGAGGACGGCCGACGUCGGCCGAGCAGCCAGCGGCCCGAGAGAGACUAACACGGCGACCCCGGUGUCCGUCCGUGUUUAGUGCGCGUACGUGCUUCAUGUGUGUGUGCGUGUAUGUGCGCGCGCGCGCGCGUGUAUAUCGGAGAGCGUACGUCGGUGUAUAAGCGUAUAACGCGAGAGAGUCGGUGCGCCUCUCGGCCGUGGGCACGAAUCGCGAAUAAAAUGGAAGCGGAAUUUCGCUGCGAGGUUGAGGUCCGUCGUUGAGAACAGGCGAACAUGGGAAGGUCCAAGUUUCCCGGGAAGCCGCCGAAGACGGCCACCAGGAAACGGAUCAAGGUGCUUGGCCAGCCCGAGGCAGCGCAGAACGAUCCGGUAACUGUCGCCGAGAACAUCUACUACGGACUUUCCCUGUUCAACGAAACAUUCGGCGACAACGAGAAGGAACAUCCACCAUUCCACGGAUUUAGCACUAAAGAGGCUAAUCUUUCUGCGUCUUAUAUAAAAACACAGCAACAGGAUGCAGAGAAGACCAGUGAUAAAUUGCCAUCUGUCACAGUUGAAAAUCUUACACCACAAUCCAGCACGAAGAAGGACGUUACUGAUGAUAAAAAUUCUCCUACAAACAUCGAAAACAGCGCAGUGGAGCUUAUCAACACAAAUUCAAAACCAGUUAAAGACAUCACAGAACCAGUUACAAAUCUGAAUGCUAAACACACUCCAAAGAUUCAUAAAGCUAAAAGUCGUAAAUCGAGUUGUAAGAACAUUAAGUUUUCAAAUUAUCUAAAAAGCCCGGUGCUAAAAUCAGUGAACAAUAUCUUGGAUCAACAUCAAAGAACCAGACAAUUACGUAAUAGUACUGCAAAAAGAUUGCUUCAAAGGGCGAAAUCUAAUGGAAGUAAUGCGCGUAAUUUGGUGGUGCAAUCCGGAGAGAAGUCUAGUUCGGUGAGGAAAUUUGUUUUACCCGUUCGCAGCGUGCAUUCAUCGAGAGUUAUAAAGCCAAAUAAGAGAUUCAUCGAGGAACUGGAAGAAGUUCCUAACACAGCGGAGCACAGCGAGAACGAAAUUAGUACGCAUGUAAAAAAGACGAGAUUAAAUCCGGAUAAACUUAGCAACUUGGAAUCAAAAUUAAAAGGCGAUGCAAUUAGUAAGUGUACAAAAUUUAAAAAAAAAGACGUGAAAAGCAAGCUGAAAAGAGCGAUUCAGAAUGUAGACUUCAAUGAUGAGAUUACAACUCAACCGGUGAAAGUUACGGAGAAAUCAACGAGUUCUGUACAAAACGCACAAAUAUCAAAACUCACUCAUAGAGAAGUAAAAAAAUCGCAUACUAUAUCGUGUAAGAAUAAAGUAUCAAACAGCACAUCCGACAAUUCUAAUAAUAAUCAAGAAUGCUCGCAAAACUCGAGCAGGACGGCACAAACCGCGAAAUCAACAAUUCACAGAAAUCAGAAGCAGAUUUCUAUUCCUACAAAAGUUCUUCCCGAUUCCAAUGUUCCACACUUCGAGUCUUCCAGGGUUCAGACGAGAUCAGGAACUCAAAACGAGAUGGCGAAUGAUUUAAGUAAUCAGGUGAGCUUUGAAAGUGGUGCAGGAUCAACGGAAAGUGGCUGUGCGAAAACCGAAGAUCAGCCUGAAAGUGGUGAUAAGACUGUGGUUAGUACAUUGAACACUUUAGAAGCAGAGAAUAAUUUAUCUGAAAGCGAAAGCGAGCAUAGCGAUCAUUCAGAAAGCGAGCAAUCCGAUGUCAGUGGAAUGAAACUCAACAGUGGGAAAGUUAUAUUGAGGAAAGCAAGAUUAAAGUUGGAUAACAAGUGCUUAGCUGGAACAGAAGGACCAUUUUCAACUACGAGCACUAGUAACACCAUGGGAGGAAGCACUAAUUUAGGAUUAACAGGAACUAUAAAAUGUGGUGUUUGCGGUGCAGUGCGAUUCUAUCGAUUCGUAAAACAAGCGCGCAAGUUUGGUAUUCACAGUUGCGAAUCUUGUCGAAAAUUUAUAAGCAAGAUGAUCAAACGUCAAGCUUGCGCCAAAUCUUCAAACAAUGUCCUUCCCGUUCUCCAGUGUCAUAAAGGUGACGGUCUGUGUUUAGUUCCGCCCGUUGUGAGGAGUCAACAAUGGAAUCUCAUGAGAUGCGUUUAUAAAGCCAGAUGUCCGGCGUGUUGGUUGAAAAUGUGUUUAAAAUGUUACAACAUUCCAUCUGCCUUGAGGACAGGUUUAAACGCGUUGUUACCACCGUUAAUGAGAGAUCCCUUAAGUAUUUCUCUGCCCCUUGGUCACGACGAAGAUGGCCAGGGGCAAAAAUUGGCUUCGUCUAAACUCAGUUGGCCCGCGGAAGACAGCUCGGAAAGAAAUUUGUUCAAGUCCGCCAUGAGUUGGAAAAACUUGGAAAUAGGACAGAAACCGAGUUAUCAGGGUACCGGAGGCUUUCUCUAUACAAAAAUAGACAAAUUCGAUUCCUCGGUGAGUAUAUCGCCUAAUAAAAAGCGAAGGAAAAAUAACAGGAUUAAAGUAAGGAAGAAAAUUAAAAGUCCAGUACUUGCUUCCUCGUCUGGUAGCCAAUAUUCGCAACCUCUUAGACAAAGGCUUGAGUUAAAAGGACCGAGAGUUAAGCACGUUUGUCGAAGCGCCAGUGUCGCGCUUGGACAGCCCAUUGCAACUUUUCCCACUGUAGACGCGAAAGAAGACAACGAACAUAGCAAAAACAUUCCAAAGACAGUGAAGGAAACCGAGAGAACAGAGAAGAGAGAUGACAUUACAAAAGGAAAAGAAACACAGAAGCAUAAUGAAGAUAGUAAUUUAAAUCUUAACGUUAAUGCAACACAACAGUCUCAUCCGAGAAGAGGAAAACCGCAACAGACUAUAUCAACAUCGCAUUUUCCAGUGGUAAGAUAUCUUUCUAAAUAGAAAGAAGUGAUCCAAGUAUUUUCCAUAGAUUUCUGGGAACAAUAUGAUCCUUCUGAGGUCGGAGCGAAAGGUUUUGCCCUUAUCGGUUCUGAACUGUUUCACAUACCUGCUAUUUGUUAUCUAUGCGGAAGUGCUGGUAAAGAGCCGCUGAUCCACUGUCAAUGCUGUUGCGAGCCAUACCACGCCUUCUGUUUGGAACCGAGUGAAUGGAAUGCUUGUGCUCAGCCAAACUGGUGUUGUCCCCGGUGCACGAUAUGUCAGUCCUGCCAUCUUAGAUCCGGUCCGAAAUUAUCCUGUAUUCGUUGUCGUCAAUCGUUUCACCAUUCAUGUUUGUCGAAGUCCGGUGUUAGCUCCAGGUUGUACAGUCCCGAUCGACCUUAUGUUUGUCAGAGCUGUAUCAAGUGCAAAAGUUGUGGUAGCGAGGGUGUCAAUGUUCACGUGGGUAAUUUACCUCUGUGCUCGAUGUGCUUUAAGUUAAGACAACAAGGAAAUUAUUGUCCUUUAUGUCAGAGAUGUUACAACGAAAACGAUUUCGAUACAAAGAUGAUGGAGUGUAGCGAGUGUUCCUGCUGGGUACAUGCCCGUUGCGAAGGCCUUUCUGAUGAGCGUUACCAGAUACUUAGUUACCUGCCCGAUUCUAUCGAGUUCACGUGCAGUCAAUGCUCUUCCAAUACAAAUCCUUCCAUCUGGAGAAAUGCCAUAGAAGCGGAGCUGAAGGCGGGUUUCAUUAGUGUGAUCAAAUCUCUGAGUAAAAAUCGUAAGAUUUGCGCAGCUCUCAAAUGGAGUCCCAGGAAGGAGUGUCUCUGCAGGCCAAUUCCAAGCGUAAGGAAACUUGAAUUUCCCGAAGACAAGAGCGAGACGAAGGAAAACGAUGAAUUGGAGGAAUGUAAUGGUGAUAAAUCCGCGGAUAUCGACUUGAGUUAUGGUAUAAGUAGAUCUGAUUUGGAAGAACAGUCGAUAGAGAAUCCUGGUAGGAAAGGUCUACGACGAUUACGACAGAAAUUCCAUCUAAAAGAAUGCUCGGUCAGGGUGAAAAACUGUAUUCCGAAAGACAACUCUCAAGACAACGAGAGGAAAGACUGGACAAAUCAGGACUCAUUAGUUUCUCCGAACGAGUCUCCUGAAUGCCAUUGUUCCGAGCAGCAGAUCAUCGCGAGGCCUUCGCCCACUUUAAUGUCUGUGAAACGUAAGGUGAAUGGUAACGAGUACAAAUCGCUGUCGCAGUUUUAUUGUGAUAUGGAGCACGUAAUCAAUCGUGUCGGUACGAAGGAUCUGACGGAAACUUAUCACAAUAUUUUGCAAGAGGUAUUUCCUUGGUUUACGCCGAAAAAUUUUAAAAGCAGCGAUGACAACGACGAGACGUUAACGCCUACUAAGGACGUUAGCAAAGACACUGUGCUGACGACUAAGUUUGAUGAUUCUAUUCUAGAAGCGUGGAAAGAAGAAGUGAUGAAAGCGCCGAAAGCGAUCGCAGCGAAAACAGCGAAUUUAUAUAAUAUCCACGUCGAAGACAGCAGAUCAUGUUGUUUGUGCAAGGGCUUAGGUGACGGACACGAGACGAAAGAGGGCAGGUUACUGUAUUGCGGACAGAACGAAUGGGUACACGCAAAUUGUGCCCUAUGGUCAAACGAGGUAUUUGAGGAAAUCGACGGUUCAUUGCAGAACGUUCACAGUGCCAUUUCGAGGGGUCGUUUGAUCCGCUGCACCGAGUGCGGUAAGAAAGGCGCGAGUAUUGGAUGUUGCGCGAGGAACUGUAGCAAUACUUUCCACUUUCCGUGUGCGAGAAACGUCGGGCUCGCUUUCAACGAUGACAAAACGGUAUUUUGCACCUUACAUUCUAAUAGUUACGCUCACAAGUCUUUACAGAAUGAAAACGAAUUCAGCUUAAAGCGACCGGUAUACGUAGAGUUGGAUCGUAAGAAAAAGAAGUACGCCGAACCUAAUAAGGUCAAGCUGAUGAUAGGCUCUCUGAUGGUCGACUGUUUGGGAACCAUUAUUCCGGAAUUUUCCGAUACGAUUGAGAAGAUAAUCCCGUGCGAUUACAAAUGCUCCAGACUCUACUGGUCUACGUUGAAUCCUUACAAAAUCGUGAGAUAUUACAUCAGAACGUACGUGCAGGUAUACAUGCCGGACGUCUCAUCCGACGUGGAGAAUAAUAUCACGAUCGAUCACACCAAGGAGCAGGAAAAGAAAAAAGCGCCUAUAGACGAUUAUCUGGCUGUCAAACAGACUCUAGACUCACUCAUCGAUAUUGUGUGUAACAAAGAAGUUGAUGAGAAUUUAGCGGAGCAGAACAAUACGGAUCUCCUACCACCAGAACUAAAAGAAGCGAUAUUUGAGGAUCUGCCGCAUGAUCUGUUAGACGGAAUCUCUAUGCAGGACAUUUUUCCAAAGAUGACAUAUGAAGAUUUUUUAGCUAUGGAUUUGAAGAACGACGGCUCAUUUUCUACGGAUUUGUUUAAGGACGAUAUAUUGCCAUCGGAAGUUGAAGAGACGAUAAAACCGUCAGAGAGCAAGAUCUCCAAAAUGGAUUCAUCUUUGCUGGAAUUGGGAACGCACAAUGAUCUGUGGGUUCGAUUGGAGGCGAAAACCUCAAUGCAAGAUCUCAUGGAUGAUCUAUUUAAUUCAAAAGGCCAGAAACGUGGUGGCAGAGAGCUAAAACGAUCUAAAUCAGAGGUGAUGUCGAAUAAUCCGUUGAUCGUUGGUGGCCAGAGGCAUCAUCAGCGCUCUUGCAGCCUUACUUGGAGCUGUAAAUUAGACAACACUUACGGUCCUAACAUGAAGAGACGGAAAUUGCCCCGAAAUCCAUCCAGUACCAAAUCCAGCGAAGGUGGUCUUAUUGUUCUAGAUACGCAAAAUGAACGCACCUCGAUGUUCCACGAAUUGAGGAUUCCGGAAAGUAUCAUGGUCACCGUGGGAAGAGGAAACACGUCUAACAUACUAUCCGAUUCUGUGCGCGAGUUGAAAUACUGUAUCGAGGAUUCUGGAUUGAAUCGUCGUAUGUUGCCAGCGAGAGAUGAGGCGAAGGAGCACAAGAGACUGUUUUGGCAUCCGAGACAGCAGCAACCGCGAAUAGUGCAGGUCGAUGGAUCGGCUGAUGCAAAUAGUGCCAGCGAGUGCAGUUCUCCGGAAUACAACGCUGAGGAGAAAAGCGCGAAUCUGCAUACGUCUGAAUCACUAUCGAUCCCGCAAUUAGACGGUAUUAACGACGAACAUUCAUCCGAUUCGAGCGAGUUAAGUGCGGAGAAAGACCUCGCCUUAUACACACGGUCGUCGCCUCUUUUACAUUCAAAAUGUAUCUUCGGCUUCAUCAGGUCACACUUGUCGAGUAACGGCGACAAGUCACAAAAAACAAAGUAUAGCAACGGUAAUCUCGCAACAACUGCUAGAUGCGCUUUGCGUAAGGCAGAAGUCUUGUUUAAGGAGAAGAAUCUCAAGGUGAAUCUGCAGAUCCCACAACUGGACGGCGCGGGUGAUAUUUCAAGUGACGACGAAUGCGUUUCAUCACAGCACGUGAUGGCGCAUGAGAGAUUGGUCCACACCACGUACGAAUCGUCGCCAUUCGAACACAUCGACCGACCAGUCACUUGUAAAAGAUGUUGUUGCACGUAUCGUACUCAAGAUAGUUAUAAUCGUCAUCUUGCGAACUGCGAUAUUAUGAUCACCAGUGACAGCGACUCGGAAACCAUGGAUAACAAGCUAGCGUCACCGGAGUCGGGAUUUUCGCCGAGCAUGGGCUCGGUGUCGCCGCAAUUCAUCACGCUCUCGCCAUCCGAAGGCCACACUCUGACGACCGAUUACACGGAUAUUCAGGCGACAUCGCCCAUCGAGGCAUCCGUGCCAUCGCCCCACCCGAAUAUCCAGAUCGAGCCGAUUGCCCAGGCGAUCAUUACACCGCAGAUUCACGCGACGCAUGCCACUGUUGAGACCGUGCAUCAGACAGUAUUAACGUCCAACGAUGUGAUUGUGCAAACUCAGUACACUCGCAGGACCACCACUCUGCCGAAUCCAGCAGUAUUACCUCCUCAAGAAAGCACAGUACAGAUAACGGAGAUCACAGACCCGCCGUCCGUUUCCAGCGACUCCAACGUUACGGCACACGGCAUGGUUAACACGCCGAUGAACUCACCGGACAGCACGAGUUCGCAAACCGUCCCAAGCCCGGAGAUGUCGCCCAAUUUCUCGUCCACGGGUGUACAGACUGCACACGAGUCUGCGCAGACAAAUGUACAGGUCGUCCGAGCCUCCUCCAAGUCGAAGAAUCUACGGGUGACCAAGCCUAAGACCAAGAGCGUGAAGCCACAGCAGCACGUAGUAAAAAAUGUGAUACAGACGCCGCACAAUGUUGCUCACAAUGCCAGAUUUCAAUCAACGGCAAUGCCAAAUGGUCCGCCGGUAAUCCAACUACAUCAAACCGCUCAAAGACCACCCACGGUGAUUCUUCAGCAAGUAGCAUCGCCAGGGAUUGUGUCCGCUUACGUGGAGGCAUUACAGCAGCAGUCUGGCCAAAAUUUGCAAUAUAUCACAACGAUAGGCGGCGGGCAGCAUGAUGCUGGUUUCAAGCCGCAGUUAAUCACCACAAAUUCCUUAGUUCCGGGAACCUAUAUACAAGCGCCUGCUACGGACAAUUUGUUAACACUGCAAAAUGGUGGUAUAUCGAUAUUACCCAGUGUACAAAUUGCACAGACGCAACCUACUGUACUGGGCACUAUCAUACAGCAACAGCCCAGCGCGAUUCAGUGCGGCGUUAUAUCCUCGGAGCAGCUGCUGUUAAGCUCCACGCCCACGCUGGAGAUGUUCACCGAUCCGACCGGGGGUAUGUUUGUGUCGAAUCAGCCGAUGUACUACGGGCUGGAGACGAUCGUCAGCAACACUGUGAUGUCAUCUAGCCAAUUCAUGGCGGGCACAGUGCCGCAAGUAUUAGCUAGCAGUUACCAGACAACAACGCAAGUGUUCCAAGCGUCCAAGCUGAUGGAACCCAUUGUUGAUGUGCAAGCUGUACCGGGAGUACCUACUGUAACGACAAUGCAAAAUGUAUCGAGCAUACCGAAUGUAUCGGGUGUACCUAACAUAGCCGGUGUGCCUAACAUGGCGAGUGUGCAGGGCGUGAGUGGCAUGCCCAAUGUCUCAGGAGUGCCGUACGUGGUGCUCAAUCAAUCGGCACCAUCGUUACCACCAGCAGCAGCAACAGCAGCAUCGAUCAACAUCUCUGCUAUGCCCCAGGAACGAACUUAUGGUGGUGUCGCCUGUAGCGCCAUAUCACCGACACCGUGUCCAAAUGGAACAACCAUGGAACAUCCAAUGACGUCUAUACAAGUAGCGGACGUGUGCUCGUCGAACGCGACGUCAGCGGGCGUGGUAACGACGAAGAUAUCGCCGCCGGCGCCGCCACCACCAUCGCCGUUGCCGCCGCCGGCGCCGCCACAUUCGAUGCCGACGAUACCCCGCGUUGCGGUGAGACCUAGUCCGGCCGCGCAUUCGAUUCAACCGAAUCAUGGAGCUACCUGGAAGAUAACAGAGCCGCUCUUUGGUGCGGAACAACCGAUCAGCAACAGUGUGCGGCCAUACUUUGAUUCAAAGCACGUGUCGGAGAACACCAGCAUGAUCAAGUCCAGCAUAUCAUCGUCCAAGAUACCGCCCCUAUCGAAUCACUAUGUCACGCAGAGGAAUCUAGUUGUAAAUAAUAAGUUGAAUCACGAUGUAAAUAGCGUGCAUAAGAGCUAUAACGGCAGCACCGCGCCGAGUCCCAACUCUAUGAACUGUAUAAGCGUCAACAAUAAUAAUCCAAUCGUCGUUUCCAACUCCAGCUCCGUGCAAAACAAGAUCACGAUGCCGACGAGCAACAAUAUGCCAACUAUUCGACCGAUGAACAGGGUGUUGCCUAUGCAAGCUGUAACGCCAAAGCAGGAUCCGGCGAGGAAGGAUGACUUGGUGAUCGAAGAGCCAACGAAACCGGUGAUCAAACCAGCAGAGCCGGAAAUUGUGGAAUCAAAGAAAGAAAUAACCGAGCAAAUAAUGCAGAUAAAAAAACCCGAAACUGCCCUCGACGGGCAGUUUAACGAUAACAUCAAACUAAAUACGGAAACCAUAGAGAAGGUGAAAGAAAAUCUCAAACUGGAGCUUGAAAAAGAGAAGCUACAAAACACGUCGUUGAAGAUAGUGUUGCAAAAACAGCUACAGGACGGCUCUUACAAGAUCACGCGUAAUAUGAAGGCGGUCACUCAAAAUAAAAAGACACCGCAAGUGACAUCUGUCGAAAUACUGCCGUCGAAGCAGAUACCUCAGAUCGCGUCCUUACAACUGUUACCUAUUAAAACGUUCACGCUCAAGACGAACAAGCUCGAGGAUAAGGUGAAGCCCGCGGACGCGAAGGUGAAUAUACUCAAGGCGAAGACGCCGCCUGUAGCCGUCAAGAAACCCAGAAUACUGACGAAAUCGAUCAGACCGGUGCGGAAUAGUCCGCCGCAGAAUCCGCCGCAGGUGCAAAAGAAUUUCUCAAAGGGACCGAUCCUGAUGUACGAGAUUAAAUCUCAGGACGGUUUUACUCAUACCGCCUCGUCCAUGACCGAGGUCUGGGAAACUGUGUAUCAAGCGGUGCAGAAUGCACGCAGGACUCACAAUUUGCCUCCUCUGCCUCAUAAUCCCUUAUCCGAGGGUCUUGGUUUGGAGAACAACGCGGCUGUCUACUUGAUCGAACAACUGCCGGGCGUCAACAGAUGCAGCAAAUACAAGCCCAAAUUCCAUACCCUGGCGCCGCCGAAAGCCGACGAGAUGGAGAACGAGUUGCCGGCGGCGUGCGCCAGUGGGGCAGCACGAGCGGAGCCCUUCAAGGGCAGGAAAGUCCACGAUAUGUUCAGUUGGUUGGCGUCGCAGCACAGGCCGCAUCCAAACAUAAUUACUAUAUCGGAAACGGAAUCGAGGCGAGCUGUGAGUACCAAUUUGCCUAUGGCAAUGCGUUUUAGAAUACUUAAGGAAACAUCAAAAGUAUCUGUCGGUGUAUACUAUUCCCACAUACAUGGUAGAGGACUAUUUUGUUUGAGAGAUAUUGAGCCCGGUGAGAUGGUUAUUGAAUAUGCUGGUGAGGUUAUUCGAGCCUGCUUGACCGACAAGAGAGAAAAGUAUUAUGACAGUAAGAACAUAGGCUGUUACAUGUUUAAAAUCGAUGAUCAUCUAGUUGUUGAUGCUACUAUGAAAGGGAAUGCAGCUAGAUUUAUCAAUCAUUCUUGUGAGCCAAACUGUUAUUCGCGAGUAGUAGACAUUCUGGGUAAGAAACACAUUCUAAUCUUUGCUCUUCGUCGCAUUAUUCAAGGGGAGGAGUUGACAUACGACUACAAAUUCCCAUUCGAGGAUAUCAAGAUCCCGUGUACUUGCGGUUCUCGCAAAUGUCGCAAAUACCUCAACUGAGACUGCGUAUAAUACAGCUUAUCCUGAGCAGCCGACCGAUGACAAAGAGAAAUAAAAAAAACUAUGUGCUAUAACUGCGCGCGCUUUCGAAUAGGAUUCGUUUUAUUGAAUGUUAUUCAUUUUACUCAUCAUCAAACUAUUUUCAGAGAUUGCAGCUUUUUAUUACUAUAAAGGAACAUAGAUUAUACAUUUUAAAUAUUAGAAGGCCAGACGUAAUACGCGAAGCACGGCGGUUACGAUGAUGUUACUUUAGACAGCUACGUUCCUGUAGUUGAUUUAACGGGGGAGGGGGGGGAGGUAUAUAUAAACAUAUACCUAUAGCAAUAAACCAUUCGAGUAUGUCCCGCUUUCGUACCCGACAAAGUCGUGCGUUUUACUAACGCGCUUCAGACUUUUGAAAGUGUUACUUUUUAUUCACGCCUGUGCUUUCUCGCACGACUUCUAGACUCUACCUAUUAUCUAUUAUUGAGGCUUAAGUGUACAAGUUAUCUUACACUUUACACUAAAUGCGAGUGCUUCUUAGUUCGCAUAAUAUAUAAACUUAUAAUUCUUAUGAAUCUUAUAUGAUAUGGGUUUGAAAACAAACUCUCCUUAAAGGAACGUAUCGUAAUGAUGAAAAUAAAUAAAUAAAUAAACAAAAAAAUGAAAGCCGCGAGAAAGCGGAUGAAAAGGCAGCGGAUUUUCGACUCGACGAUCGCAGCCUUCGGAAAGCCACUUAAUGUUUCUUUCGAAUAUCACGAGAUAAAAAUGGCAUAAGCGUGAUGUACAAAUAACCUUAUCAAGGUGCGUAUAUACAACAAAUGUAUAUUAAAAUGAUGAUUUUGUGUAAA